CCGGUUCCUCUUUAAAAUCAAAAUGUCCUGGUUUCUUCUGUUUUUAUCUUGGAUAUUUGUGCUAUGUGGGGCUAAUAAUUGUCCCUGUGAGAGACCGGAACUCUGUCAGCAGGUCCGCGAGGAGAGAGACUUUGAGGAGUGGUUGUUAUUCAGGCUAAAUUAAAGGUAUGCGGAUCACAGAUUAACUUCACAGUGGACCAUGAUUUUCCUGACCUCCAUGGACCCCCAGUCUGGCUCGGCCCCAGAAAGCUCUCCCUUUUACCCCCCCCCCCCCCCCCAUACAGAGUUACAGUAGUUUCUGCUGUAUAAAGGAAAGAAGGAAUCCUUAAAAAUAAGUAAUUUUACUCAUUUCAUUCUGAUGAAUUACAAAUGACUAAAUAGGACAGAGAACAGCUAGUCCUGCAGUAAUGUGUCUGUAUGCUGUUUUUAUUUUCAGGUGUUUGUGUUUGACGUGGGUGGAAAGACAUGGGAGUCCUACAACUGGAGCAUGGUGACGACAGUGGCAACGUUUGGGAAGUAUGAUGCUGAACUCAUGUGUCAUGCUCACUCCAAAGGAGCACGUGUUGUACUCAAAGGUGACGUUCCUCUCUCUUACAUUGUGGACCAAGAAAACAGAACAGCAUGGAUAACAGAGAAGGUUAUGCUGGCUAAGAGUCAGUUUAUGGAUGGGAUCAACAUCGAUAUCGAGCAAGCAGUGGAGGAGAGCUCACCGGAGUAUUAUGCUCUAACGGCCCUCGUCAAGGAAACCACAGAGACUUUCCACAGAGAGAUCCCAGGCUCCCAGGUCUCAUUUGAUGUCGCCUGGUCGCCAAAAUGUAUUGACAAGCGCUGCUACAAUUAUGUCACCAUAGCCGAAUCCUGCGACCUGCUCUUUGUUAUGUCCUAUGAUGAACAGAGCCAGAUCAUGGGGGACUGUAUAGCAAUGGCAAACGCCCCACUCUCUCAAACACUGGAGGCUUAUGACCAGUACUUGAGUAUGAACAUCGAUCCAAAGAAGCUUGUGAUGGGAGUGCCAUGGUAUGGAUAUGACUAUCCAUGCCUCAACCUUUCUGAGCAGGGAAUAUGCUCAAUAGCCAAAGUCCCUUUCCGUGGAGCCCCAUGCAGUGAUGCUGCUGGAAAACAAAAAACAUACAAGUGGAUUAUGCAGCAGGUAAACAUCUCGAUGUCGGGGAGGCUCUGGGAUGAUACGCAGAAGGCUCCUUACUUCAAUUAUGAGGACCAGACAGGACAGAUUCAUCAAGUUUGGUACGAUGAUCCACUGAGUCUUUGUCCCAAGGCUGAGUCUGUGAAAUCUAAAGGUUUGAGGGGAAUCGGCAUGUGGAACGGAAACAUCUUGGAUUACAGCGAUGAUCCAGUCGCCAGGCAACAAACGGCAGAGAUGUGGAAUGCACUGUUAGGAUGCUAGCUUGGAUACACUCAACACGGCUGCAGAAAUUUACAUCACCCCUCCUGUUUGUCACAAAGUUAGUAUAUCCCUUUGUGGCAGUAAUAGGCCGUAACUUCCCCAUGAGAUAUAUACCUGCACUGCAUAGUUUUUACAGGCUUUUAUUGCUCCUGCUAUCGAAUGAAAUGUCUUAAACUUUUGUCCGUGCCAAUGGAAUAACUGAUUUUUAUUUUAUUACAAGCAGCUUCAAAUGUGAUGACCACAAACUGUAAUUUGGUUGAACUGUACUGGGCUUGCUGACUUUUACACACAUUGUAAUUUUCAGAAAUAAACACUUUCUGAUAAAUCUGUA